GCUGCUAUUGCAAGAAACUUUCAAAACCCUAGAAAUUCUCUAUCUGACAGCCAAUCGGUAUGUCAACAUCGGUUUGGAGUUCGUACAUAUGUGCUCUUUGAAUGAAUGAGGAUAUACAAAGUAGAGAUCCAGCCUAAAAUUGGUCGUGUGCACCGAUUUUCACAAGUUUCAGACUAAAAAGAACAAAUCUUUUAUAAAUACACAAGCAACAUUAAGUACUUAUUUUUCCAAGAAUUGUGAUAUUAAGAUUUUUAUCUCAAAGAUACUUAAAAUGUCUCAUGUGAUCGCAAGUGAUCGUAUACGACAGGAGAACGAAAUGACUGUCCUAUCCAGUAUUUACAAUAAAAAAGAAUUCUCUUGUAUAAGAAGUGAGAAGAUAAAAUGCACUGUUAAUAUAUUUCCUAAAUUUCAUAAAAAGCUAGAAGUGAACUUUACUAACUACUGUUCUUCUAAUAUAAUCUUCAAGGAGAUUGUUCCACGUGAUACAAUUUUUAUUGAGUACCUGCCACCAAUCGGAUUGCACACUCAACUUCCAGAUACGUAUCCAUCUCAAAAGCCACCAAAGUUUUGUGUAUCUGUUACCUGGCUGACUCCUUGGGAGAUAUCUUUCAUCUGUCAGAAAUUGGAUGAAAUAUGGGAAGAGAAUCAAGGCAAUGAGAUCUUGUUCCUAUGGCUAGAUUUUCUACAAAAUGAUCUUUUUAAUUUUCUCAACAUACAAGAUUCUUUAGAUGUUUCCUUCAUGCACAUAAUUCGCACAACACCAGGUGAUCGUAUUACAUUCCGUUUAGCACACUUAUCUGAUCCCAGAGCUGUAAAUGGUGCUUUGUCUUUAGACCUUAAAAAAUUGUUAAUAUCUUAUGACAGACAGCAGCAUAGGAAACAAUUUGAUAACAACUUCUACACUUGUCAGAUAUGCUUCCAGGAAUACAAGGGAGUACAUUGUAUAGAACUGAGAAACUGUGGACACGUUUACUGCAAAAGUUGUAUGAAGGAACACAUACGUAUUAAGAUUAACGAGCGCAUUAAGAUUAUACCGUGUCCAACGUUGAACUGCAGUUUCGAAAUAAACGAUAACGAUAUUAAAACUCUCUGUCCGAACUUGUUUUCGCGGUAUGAAGAACUCGUGUUGCGAAUAACAUUAGACACUAUGAAUGAUAUAAUAUAUUGCCCGAGAAUUUCAUGUCAAAAUCCAAUAAUUAAGGAUCCAAAUGAUGCUGCACCAAUUUGUCCUAUUUGUAAUUAUUGCUUUUGCGUAUAUUGUUAUAAGUCGUUCCAUGGAGCUGCACCAUGCAACAUAGCAUCAGAUGAUGUUAAGAAGCUCAUUAACAAUUAUAAGGAUAGUGAUGAUAAAAAAAUAAAGUUUUUGGAAAAGAAGUAUGGCAGGCGACAAAUACGAUUAGUUGAAGAAACUCUUACAAGUGAAUAUCUGCAGGAUAAUGCGAAAAAUUGUCCCAAGUGCCAUUCUUUUAUUAGCAAAAUUGAUGGGUGCAACAAGAUGAUUUGUAAACAUUGUCAAUCUUGUUUUUGUUGGCUGUGUGGUCAGCAGAUUACUUUAAUAGACAGAUAUGCACAUUUCACUACUACUAACAGUCCCUGUUUCGGACGUUUGUUCGAGAAGGUAGAGAAUAAUAAUUAUGAUGAUUUCGACAUAAUGGAGAACAUAAUUUGGUUUGAAUAAAUUUCAAUGAGAUAUAUAUCAAAUAAAAAAACAAAUGAGAAUCCUAAUGUAAUUAGAAACUUUCAUAAUUAUUUGGUUGCUUUGUUACUUACAAUAAUGCAUUAUGAGAAAAAAAUAAUACGACAUUAUUCAUAUUGUUAAUCGUACAUUAAUUAUCAU